AUGUUCCAGCAACAUAUCAAUGAGGAGGACCUAUAUUGUAAAAUAUGCCAUAUUCUUCUACCUGUUAUUCGAAUACUCAUCGAUGUCAAUCAAACGGAGCGCCUUGAAAAUGUGACUCUUGAAAUUUGUAAUGAAUUUGGUUUGGUUCUCGAUGUUUGUAGCGGUGCUGUGCACGAAUACAAAGAUGCCAUUUUUCAAGUCAUUGCUCUAACGCAUUUCAGUAAUAAGGCACUAUGUUCACUUGCUCUAAACUGCGAUAGACAAACUGAUUAUCCUGUGUUGAAUUGGAGUGUUGCUAUUCCUGACAGAAAACCACCUCCACAACCACCAAAACCACCUUCAGUCCCAUUUCUAAAUACAGUUCCUGGUCAUCCGGGUGCUGGCUUCUGGGGAACCAGUCUUCACUGUGACAUACCGUAUUGGACGGCUCAAGCCAUACUUGAAUAUGGCGCAAAAACAGAAGAGAUUGAUUUCAUCUACUAUACUGGCGAUACACCACCUCACAAUGUAUGGAAUCAAUCUCGUGCUGACCAACUCUAUGCAAUAAAUACAAUCAAUAAUUUGUUAGCUACGACAUUUCCAAAUAAAAUGUUGUAUUCUGCCGUCGGCAAUCAUGAAGCAGCUCCGUGCAAUCUCUUUCCGACACCGAACAUUCGAUCGGACAAUAUUUCAUGGCUAUAUCAAGCACUAGCCGAUAGUUGGAUAAAUACAUUCGGUCUACCUAAUGAUACACGCGAAAGUAUUCUUCGUGGCGGAUUCUAUACAACAAUUGUACGUUCCGGUCUACGAUUGAUUUCGCUCAAUACGAAUUAUUACGCGUCGGAUAACUAUUGGUUAUUCAUCAAUUCGACUGAUCCUCUCAAUCAACUUGAGUGGUUGAUACAAUGGUUACAAUAUGCUGAAGACCAUGGAGAAAAGGUUCACAUUAUCGCCCAUCAUCCACCACGAACAUGUUUUGCAGCAUUCGGUUGGAAUUUUAAUAGAAUCGUCAAUCGAUUUGAAAAUACGAUCUCCGGUCAAUUUUAUGGUCACACACAUCGAGAUGAAUUCAACAUGUUCUAUGAUGAGAAUGAUCACCAACGACCUGUUUCGAUGGCUUACAUAGCGCCAUCGUUGACAACCGAAUCAUUCUUGAAUCCGGGCUAUCGUGUUUAUACAAUGGAUGGUGAGUAUCCGUCGAGUUCCUAUUGGGUGCUCGAUCAUCGUACAGUCAUUAUGAAUUUAACUGCAACGAACCUCUACAACCGAACAAUUAUGCAAAAUGAGUAUAAUGCUCGGGAUGCCUAUCAAAUGGAGAACUUGUUUCCUACUGAUUGGGAUAAUUUCAUCAAAAGACUCGAGAAUGAUAUUGACGGACCACUUAUGAGUACAGUAUACAAACACUAUACAAAAUCGUAUGCAGAUGGAUCCCAGUGUAAUCAUGUAUGUCGACGAGGACUGAUUUGUGAUUUCAAGACGGCUCGUGACGAUGAUCCAGAUGCAUGUGGUUCAAUUCCUCCAUUUGCGUAA